CAACAUCUCAAAAUGCAAUCGUAGGCUAAUAACUAUCCUUUCUCAAACAGAAUCGUGCCCGGGUACUCUCAAUUUCGGUUGUAGUUCCUCUAGGAUUAGGGUUCCGGUAAUGGAACGACAGCGAGAAGACUACCAACACCUCCCUCACCCUCCUCCUCCUCCUCCUCCUCCCCCUCACCCUCACCCUCACCCUCACCUGCACACUCACCCUCACCCUCAACAUCACCGCCACCAUCGCAAUAACCAGCCGGACCACCAGGAGCAGUUUCCGAAGCAUUACCAACACGAGCACCAGCAUCACUACUUUAACCGCCACGAAUCCCUUGCCGACCAGAAUCAGGACCACCAAUUCAACAACCACAACCACGAUAACCAUUCUAAUUACGACACUAACCACCAGUUGAGCUUCGAACCAAAUGAACCAUUUGGCGGAGGAGUUGGUGGAGGAUUCUGCUCCAAUGCCCGCAAAAGGGGCCGAUAUCAUUCUGGCCGAGCAGGUUCACCAGAUCAUAACGAUGAUGCUGUUUAUGCAAAACUUUAUGUUGCACCAGUUCCAAGAACUACAACUGAAGAAUAUAUCCGCCCCUUGUUUGAAGAACAUGGAAAUGUUGUUGAGGUAAUUUUCCCUAGAGAUAAGUGGACUGGCCAACAACAAGGAUAUUGCUUUGUCAAAUAUGCAACAAUAGAGGAAGCUGACAGGGCUAUUAAGGCUUUAAAUGAUCAGUAUACUGUUCCUGGAGAGGCUGCUCCCAUUAAGGUCAGGUAUGCUGAUGGGGAGCGGGAACGCCUUGGUAAGGUUGAAAGAGGACGUCUUGGUAAGGGAGAAAGGGAACACCCAGGGGGAGGGGAGUUUGUUGACAAACUCUAUGUUGGUUCCAUUAACAAACAAGCUUCAAAACAGGAAAUUGAAGAAAUAUUUUCUCCAUAUGGUCAUGUAGAAGAUGUCUACAUUGCUCGAGACAUACUGAAGCAAAGUCGUGGAUGUGCAUUUAUUAAAUUUUCUCACCGAGAUAUGGCAGUGGCAGCAAUGAAAGCAUUAAGUGGAACUUUCACAAUGAGAGGUUGUGAUCAACCUUUGGUUGUUCGUUUUGCUGAUCCCAAAAAACGCAAAACUGGAGAAUUAAGGGGAAAUUAUGCAUUUGGCGGACAGAACUUUGGUCCAUGUUCUCAUGAACCAUUAAGUAGGCCAACACCCAACUUUGGUGAUUCCAUGGGAGGGCGUGUUUUGCCUAAUGCUUCGUACACAUUGCAAGAAAUUUCCCCAAAUUCACAACCACAAACUGUUUCCCAUGCUGUAGAACUCGCACUUGGAGCUCCUCAUAUCACAGAACAAUCACUUCCUCCAGUAAAGCAGCCACCAACACAGUUGUUUCAGAUGCCAUUACAACAAACACAAGUUCCACACAAAUGUUUGCAAUCAUCUCAACAAGCCGUCUCUGAGAUGAAGAAACAGCCUCAAAAUUUAGAGCAGCAUCAAGGUGUGCAGGUUACCCCUGAGUCUACGUGGACUGAAAGCAAUCCUCCAGCAGUGAGUGUUACUUCUGCUACACUUGCAGUACCUCCAAGUCCCCAGACAGUGGAUCUACAAGAGUGCGAUUGGAGUGAGCAUGCCUGCCCUGAUGGGUAUAAGUACUAUUAUAACUGCACAACUUGUGAAAGUAGAUGGGAGAAGCCUGAUGAGUUCAUCUUAUUUCAGCAACAAUUGCAGAAGCAGCAAAAACCACACAAUUCUAGCCAGCAACCUCAUUCCCUAUCAACAAGUGUUUGUGGUGAAGAAGUUAAUACACAAAAGGACCUGCAUCAUGCACAAAUAAAGUCAGAAACUAGUCCAGUUGUUGAUCCCACCCAUCUCUAGCAGGCGCCUAGCGUUAAAGGGAUAAAUUAUAAAAAUAACCCUUGAGGGUUGGAUUUAGCAGCACAAUCAGUAGUAAUUUGCUUUAUUUUACAUAGUAUGUAAAUUUAAGUUUAGUUGUAAAAUUGGAGGUUGCAGUUGUGGAUUGUCCUUUGGAUGAUGCAACGUGAUGAAAUGAGUUGAUGGUACAGGUCCUGUUACGUCAUAAGAGGGUUUGCUUUUAAGGUUUUGAUGGUUUAGAACAGUGGAUGAAAGCGUAGUUAUAAGUUUCAGCAACCAUUCGUAAGAGGAUUUUUUUCAAUUGGGAUUUCUGGGUUGGCAUAAUUGUUUCUUAGCUUGACUGAUGUUUAUGAAGCAAAAGUUAGUGUUCCUGUAAGCAAUUCUGUUUAUGAAGCAAUAGUGUAUUAGGGUUCCUGGAAGCAA